GUCUAAAACAAGAAUGCGAAAACCUGAGCCUCUCCAGAUGUGAUUGGACUCCGGCUCCCAUCAUCCCUGGCAAAUAUGCCCAAAGGCCAGGGCUGAUGGGAGCUGUAGUUCAGCAACAUCUGGAGAGCCAGAGGUUUCCCCUCCCACUCUUGGACUACCAGCUCUGAUUUCACAUCCACCCACCAUCCCAGUCUUUGUUAUUUCCUCGCUGAGCUCAUAGAAUAAGUGACGCGAAAAAGUUCCUCUUUCCCACUCGGAAGAGGAAGCUUCAAAAGCCCCAUUCCUCCCCCCCCCCCCUUAAGUAACGGUCUGCGGGAAAGGCUGAAGAGGGGAAGAGGCGUUGGAGGAGGCCACUUUGGCGCGCGCUCCCCCCGCAUAGUCCCGGGACAGUAAAAACUGGAGAGGAGGAGGCGGCGGCAAAGAGACAGGAAACCGCGAAGGAAAGCCGUCCUCCAGGCAGAAAGUUUCAGCCAAGGGAGUUUGGAGAGGACGAGAGCGAGAGGGAAACGCGAGGAAGCCGAGAUCUGAUUCCAGGAACGGGGAAGCUCAGCUUCCAAAAGUAUUCUUCAGCCCGUUUCAGAGGCGGCUGGAUCCCAGCGCACCAGCAGAUCGGAGAUCUACCGCGCCGGGGGAGCGGGGAAGAGGAAGAGGCCGCCCAGCCCAAGACAGUGUUGUCGGCUGUUGCCGGGAGGAAGGAGGCGGGGGUAUCGGCUGCUGCGCCCUGGGCCCUGCAUCGCGCGUCCCGGUGGACGGGAAAGGAUCGCUGGGUGGGUAAGGAAUGACCUGCUGCUGAUCCGCUACAAUGGGCUGAAGAGAUUUCACCUAAAAACAGAGAACCUUGACGCUCUCUUGACUACCAGGACCGCUUGAGUGUCAUGCCCUCUGUGCGCGCUCAGAGGUACUCUUUGCGCCGCAGGCUUCCCGACUGAGCUUUCCCAGCGCGCAACGAGGCGCCAUGACCGCCUACAGACUCAACUUGCGCGUCUUCUGGCCGCUGGUGACGUGCGGCUGCACCGCGAUCCUGUACCUCUUGCAAGCGCUGAGCAGCCGAGCCGGCGAGGGCGCGGCCCUCGGGGACUCCGGCUUGGGCGCCCCGCUGCUGAAAGCCUCGCUGCUCCUCUUGCUUCUCCUGGCCUGCUUGGCGCUGUGCUAUCGCGACCGGCUGCCCAGCCGCGCCCAGAGACCCGCCGGCCUCGCGGAGAGCCCCGAGGGUGCCUGGAGUGAACUUCGGCGGCGGCGGCAGCAGCGCCGGCGCGACUUGCUGGAGGAGUUUUACGAGCAGCAGUUGCGGCUCUCGCCCCACGUGCUGGGCCACAGCAAGGCACACGUCAGCCUCGUGGUGGGCGAGCUGGUGCGCGCCGGUAAGGCUCCGGACCGGCUGGCGUCGCGCGGGGACUUCGUGCAAGUGGGCAGCGCCUACGAGCAGCACAAAGUGCGCAGCCCGGACUGCUUCGACGUGCUGGUGCCUCUGCGGUUGCCGCCUCGCCUGGAGCUGCGGGUACAGCCCCGUCGGGGGACCGAGGCGGGCCUGCUCGGAGCCUUCGUGUGCGCCCUCCAAGUGGCUGCCGGUUGCGCGCACGACGAAGCGGGCAGCGGCCGAGGCAACGGCCCCUCUCCGCGCGUGGCGGGGGCGCUAAGCGAGGCGCUGUGCGUGGAGCUGCCGUCGGCUCAGGGCGGCGGGCGCCACCUGUCGUCGGCGCUGGUGCUGCGCUGGUUCCAGGGCCACGUGCAGCGGUGCCUGGGGGCCGUGCGCUCCCGCCUCCAGGAGCGCUGCCGGGUCAGCUUGGCCGUCGGGCCCGGGCGCCCGCUCACGUUGCAUAUCGCGCCUCGCUCCGACUACGUCUGUUGCCACCUUUCCAUGGCCGUGCGCCUCACGCCGGCCAUCCCGUUCGGCGAGGCGCUCUACCUCACCCCUUUGCCGUCGGCUCAGCCGCCGGCUCCCGGGAAGCUGGGAGCCUUCUGGACGCUCAACGUCUCCAAACCGGAGCAGAAGCUGCUGGGCUUCUUCAAGGAGCAAGCUCCUGCUGACUCCUGCCACCUCAAGUGCCUGCAGAUCCUCAAGGGGCUCAGGGACCUGGGGGGACGCUCUUUGGAGCAGCCUCUGGGCGCUCAGUGGAACAGGAUCCUUUCCUCCUAUGUCCUCAAGACGGCGCUUUUGUGGCUCCUCCUGCGGGGUCCCUUGCAAGCUUGGGAGGACCAGUUCCUGGUGGAGAGGCUGGAGAACCUCUUCCUGUUCCUCGUGGAAAGCCUGCAGAGGCGUGAGCUGUUGCACCUCUUCUUGGGGAACCCCAAGCUCCCCGAAGCCCUGAGCCUGCCCAAAAUCCUCAAGGAAGCCGCUCCGGUCAACCUGCUGGCCGACUUUGAUGGCCCUACCUUGGACAAGGUGGCCGGCCAGCUCUUGAACACUUGGAAGCAGGCGCCCAAGAUGAUCAAGAUGUACAGUGGCCACAGAUACAGGAGGAAACAUCCUGCCUGAGGUCGGAGCAGAGAACUCUCAGUUUAAGGGAGCACCAUUUGGGCUGUGUGUGCCUUUGCUCAAUUGUGGCCUUCAUAAUAUUAAUGGCAGAGUUGGAAGGGAUUGUAGAGGUCCUCUAGUCCAACCCCUGCUCAAAGCAUGAUUUGACGGGUGAGAAUAAACAUCUACAGAGAGAUUACCACCAGCCUUCUGCUUAAACACCAGCAAAGAAGAGACCCACUAUCUCCCUAACGGCCCAGCAGCUCUUACCAUUAGGAUGUCCUAAAGCUUAGCUGAAACCUGUCAUUUUCAUCCUUUAGGUUCUAGUUGUGCCUUCUGAAGCUUCAGAGAACAAGUUUUCUGUGUCUUCUUAGUGAGAGCCCUUCAGAUAUUUGAAGACCAUUAUCCUGUCUCCCGUUACUCUCUUCUCCAGCUGUUAGGGCUUGUUUUCAGACUUGUAACUAUCCUCUGAACCAGAGCCACCUUUUGUUGCUGAACUACAACUCCCAUUAUCCCUGGCCUAUUGGCCAUGCUUGCUGAAGCUGAUGGGAGUUGCAGUUCAGCAACAACCAGAGGACCAGAAGUCCCCCACACGUGUGUUGCCUUAAAUGCAUGAUCACACUUAACGUUCAGCCUCUUCACACCUUUGAAUGGCUGUUUCUUGGAAUCGCAGGUGAGAAGAGCCCAGUUGGGAUCAGAUACUGCUUAUAGGUUUCCCAUGGGCACCUGGUUGGCCACAGUGAAAGCAGGAUG